UUCCCUUCAUCUGUUACAGGAAGGUGCCCUCAAAACUCUCUCAACUGAUUGAACGACUGCAAGUGAAUGCGGAUAAUGUGGAGAAGAAUAUCUACAAGGUGGAGGAGUGCCUGCUCCAGGAUAUCAGGAGGAUAGAGGAUGGGAAAGACUUCAUAUUCCGUGAGGAAACUACCAAGUUGAUGGAUGAUUCUGAUAACCUGCUGGUAGACCUUCAGAGAGAUGCUCAGACAGCCAAUGCUGAGAAGCAUCCACAGUCUGACAUGAUUGUGGAAGAUAUCAAGCAGUUGAAACAAAGAGUGCAGAAGCUGCGAUCGGAACAUGACAAGGUUUACAACUUGACCCGGACGGAUGGAAUUCCUACGAUUGACUGGUCCAAAAUGAUCGAUGAGAAACAAGCUGAACUGAACAACCAAGGCUUUGGUAACGAGCUGCCAUUUGUUGAUCAGCAACUGGAACACCACCAGCUCUUUACUAAAGAGGUUGAAACAAUUGGGGACCACAUCAAGAAGAAUGAAGACCAGGACUACAUCAGUGGCAUUCAACUGAAGUACAACAAACUGUUGGUGAGUAUGAGAAUGGAAAACACAUUCUAAAUUUCUAAAGCAUAAGCACUGAGACACUGGCAUUGUGGGACAAAACCCAUACUCAGAAUCUGAGAUGGCUAACUUCAAAAAGACUCUUUAUUACAAG